GUGACGUCAUGCGCUGGCGCAGCGCCGUCGCCAUCAUGGCGGGUAGAGGGGCUUGCCGCGUCCCGGAGCGGUGGACCGACUACAUCCCGCUGGGCCGCAGAAUGCCAGGCACACGCUUCAUCGCCUUCAAGGUGCCCCUGAAGGAGAGUUUUGAUCGGAACCUUCUGCCAGAAGAGAGAUUUUCCCCUCGUGACCUCAUCAGGAAGGUGGAGGAGAGGAAGGAGGAGCUGGGGCUGAUCAUUGACCUGACAUACACCACACGCUACUACGGGCGCGAGGAGCUGCCACCCACACUGUGCUACUCGAAGAUCCUGACCAUGGGGCACGAGAUCCCAAACAGAAGGACCAUUUUGAGGUUCAAAUACCUUGUGAAAAAGUUUUUGUCAGCCAACAAAGACAACGAUAAACUCAUCGGGGUGCACUGCACACAUGGCUUGAACAGGACUGGCUACCUGGUCUGUAGGUACCUGAUUGAUGUUGAAGGCAUGGAGCCAAAUGCUGCCAUAGAAUUGUUCAACAACUGUCGAGGGCAUCCCAUAGAGAGAACCAACUACAUCCAGGAUCUGCAGAAGAGAGCCCUGAAAAACAGCUGUGAAGUGAAGAAUUUGGGCUCAGAUCUCUUCAGGAAAAAAGGCAGUGCCCCAGCCAAGCCCCAAAAGCAGAUAGUGAAGCACCACCCCAGCCAGCCCCCCCUGGCAGUGCCCAGGAGCCCUGGCAGUGACAAGAAGAAGCAGUGGCUUGGACCCACCAUGCAGGAACAGCCCCAGGAGCUGGGAUACAGGCACAGAGCCUUGGGGCAGGGGCAGCUGGAACAGAAGCAGUUGAAGAAGCUGGAGCAGAGGCAGCAGAAGCAUGUGGAGCAGAGGCAGCUGGAGCAGAAUCAUCCAGAGCAGAGACAGCAGAAGAAGCUGGAGCAGAGGCAGCAGAAGCAUGUGGAGCAGAGGCAGCAGAAGCAUGUGGAACAGAGGCAGCUGGAGCAGAAUCAUCCAGAGCAGAGACAGAAGAAGAAGCUGGAGCAGAGGAAGCAGAAGAAGCAGAAUAAUCUGGAGCAGAGGCAGCAGAAGUGGAAUCACCUGGAGCAGAAGCAGCAAAAUGACCUGGAGCAGAGGCAGCAGAAGAAGUGGAAUCAGCUGGAGCAGAAUCAGCUGGAGCAGAAUUACCUGGAGCAGAGGCAACCCUGGAGUUUGGCCCCCAGGAACUGUUGGCUUUCACCACCCUCCAAGAAGAAGCACAAGGAGCUGAUCCCCCCCCAGAGCCCCCAGCCCUGCCUACCCCAGGGGCCUGCACCUGCCAGGAAACGCAGGCACAGGAAACACAAACUGAGGCAGCAGGAAAUGUCCUGACAGCACUGGGAAUGUGUUCCAUGAGGAAAAAAAACCCUCCUGCGGCUGGAGGGAGCAGCUGUGGCUGAACCAGGAGUUACCAGGCUGGGUGUGGGGCAGCUGAACAGGGCUGAUUUUUAAUGUUUUCUCCUGCUCUCUGCAGCACUGAUGCUUUUACAAAGAAUUUUUUAAUCCGAUGCUGAUCCAUGCAGGAUGCAGGGAAUAAAAAUAAAGAGAGACUCAGUCAGAGCUGGAAUAAUCCUAAAUAAAUAACCUCAGGCAUCCCUAGAACCUUCAACAAAACGGGUUUUUGUUGAUUUCCUCAAUGCAUAACAAGAAACAGGACUGGAACUGUAAACAUAAGAUUUUUUUUUUCUCCUUUUUACUGACUUUUGCUAAAGUAAAUUUCCACGCUGUGCAAAGUGCA